AGACGCUUCUCAAUUGUGAGAUUACAUUCACAAAGGAAACUGGUAACGCUAAGAAAAUAUUAAUUGCGCGUUCGCUUCUCUCAAUCCAUAAAUGCUGACUUAAAUUUGUGGCGUUUUCAACUUGUUUGCCUCUAAUAUUAUAAUCAUGAGGGAGUAAGGAAUUAACAUUUGACGGUACAUGGAGCUUGUUCAUUUCCACAAACGCUUCUGACUUUUCCAAUGAAAUGGCGUCACAUCUGGAACACUUUCUCUCUUUUUGAAUUCCAAAUGUUGAAAAUACGAACGAGAUCAGGUAGUAAAGCUGGCACUUGGAGAGCCUUUAAACAUCAGGAGCGGGUGCUGAACAUGUCCAUGCAGCUGUUUUCACACAGUCUCUAAAUGAGUGCUUUCUGGAGUUAAUGGCCAAGUUUUCGCAACACCAAUGAAUGAUUGGAGUGGAGACGAAUGUCUGGAAGAUGCAAUAGCUGAAUAGGAUAGGAACUAGGAAGGGCAAUGAAUGCAAAAAUAUGGAAUUGGAAACGUUCCUUACGCAUUGUGCGCUGGACUAAAAACGCAUCCACGACUUUACCUGUGCGUCCCAAAUGAAAAAAGUUGUGAGUCGGUAGGCGGCGCACGUUCAUACCUAUGCUUUUCACUUCCUUACUUAAUUUUAACAGAAGACAAAUGCUGGAAGAAGACGGGGUCGUCGGCACUGGCCAACACGAUCUGCUGAAUCACAACUCUUUCAGUCUGUGGUUCCAGCCAUGAUUCAGGCUACCUUUCGGUUCCAGACCCAGCUUUUUAAAGCUGAUUGUUCAUAGAAGGAGUGAAUGUGGACAAUUAUGUUAGUUCCGUGGCAACACACUAAAGAAGAAUUUGUAACUAUAUUUUUUUGGAAUAGCAUGAGAUUUUUCUGAUCCUCACCACAGAGUCAAGAUAUCGACCAUUCCCUGAGGGUGAUCUACAUAACUAUAGGUUAAAUCGAUCGUAAAUAAUGAUGAAGAUAAGUCGGCAAUUCACUGUUUAUGGAAGUGCCAUAUUCUGUGUUGUCAUCUUCUCAUUGUACCUGAUGCUGGAUCACCUGCAAUUAGACCAUACCAAAAGUCCAAACAAUGGUGGGGAUAGAUUGCAAAAUGGCCAGUUGUCCAUCCUCCAGGAUAAGAUUGACAGCUUGGAGAGACUACUGUCAGAGAACAAUGAGAUCAUAGCCAACAUCAGGGACUCUGUGAUCAACCUGAAGGAGUCGGUCAAGGAUGGCCGAGGGGGUCCUGACGGCGGGAACAUGAGCCAAGGGCCCUACCUAGAACUUCUGGCUUCGCCUUCACUGGUCCUCCAUAUUGACUCCCAAGACUGUCAGUUUGCAGCAAGGGAGUUCUCCAAGCCAGCAGAUGCAGUGCAGUUGCUAGAUGUGUAUGACCUCCUGACCUUUGACAACGCUGAUGGGGGAGUGUGGAAACAAGGCUUUGAUAUCACCUACCAGGAGAAUGAAUGGGACAGUGAGCCACUACAAGUAUUUGUUGUGCCCCACUCACACAAUGAUCCUGGAUGGCUGAAGACGUUUGACGACUACUACCGAGACCAGACCCAGCACAUCCUGAACAACAUGGUGGUGAAACUCCACGAGGACAGCCGCAGGAAAAUGAUCUGGUCCGAGAUCUCCUACUUCUCCAAGUGGUGGGACAACAUCGACGACCAGAAGAGAGAUGCUGUCAAGAGUCUGAUUGAGCAAGGCCAGUUGGAGAUAACAACGGGAGGCUGGGUGAUGCCUGAUGAAGCCAACUCGCAUUACUUUGCAUUAAUUGACCAGCUAUUGGAGGGACACCAAUGGUUGGAGAGAAAUGUGGGAGUGAAACCCCAGACGGGCUGGGCUGUGGAUCCAUUUGGCCACUCCCCUACCCAGGCGUACCUGUUGAAACAAGCUGGCCUGGACAACAUGCUCAUCCAGAGGGUGCACUACUCAGUCAAGAAACACUUUGCCAGUCAGAAGACCCUGGAGUUCUUUUGGAGACAGAACUGGGACCCAGCCUCCAGCACAGACAUUCUAUGCCACAUGAUGCCCUUUUACAGUUACGAUGUUCCCCACACGUGUGGUCCCGACCCCAAGAUCUGCUGCCAGUUUGACUUCAAAAGACUUCCUGGUGGGCGGGUCAGCUGUCCCUGGAGGGUCCCCCCUCAGCCAAUCACGGAUGGGAACGUACAACAGAGGGUUCAGAUACUGCUGGACCAGUACAGGAAGAAGUCUAAGCUGUUCCGAACCAAGGUUGUGAUGGUCCCCCUAGGGGACGACUUCCGCUACACAGAGGCCUUGGAGUGGGACCAGCAGUUCCAGAACUACCAGAAGCUCUUUGACUACAUGAACUCUCAUCUAGAACUACAUGUCAAGGCUCAGUUCGGCACCAUCUCUGAUUACUUCAAUGCUCUUCGUAAGUCGGCCAUACACCCCGGUCACGAUAGUCCCUCUUUACCGGUGGUCAGCGGAGACUUCUUCACAUACGCAGACCGAGAUGACCACUACUGGAGCGGCUACUUCACCUCCCGACCCUUCUACAAACGCCUGGACCGCUUGCUGGAGUCACACCUCAGGGCAGCUGAGAUCCUUUACUCCCUGACCCUGGCUAAUAUUCAGAGGUUUGGGAAGCUGAAUGAUUUCCCAGCUGUGGAGAACAACAGACUGCUCACUGAAGCCAGGAGGAACCUGGGCUUGUUCCAGCACCAUGACGCCAUCACAGGCACCGGCAAGGACUUGGUGGUGAUCGACUACGGUACCAGGUUGUUUCAUUCCAUUUUUAAUUUGAAACAAGUGAUUGUCAACUCCGCUCACUGGCUGGUGCUAAAGGACAAAAGUGCAUACAGUCAUAAUCCGUCAAAGGCCUUUCUUCAAAUGGAUGACAUCCAGCCUGCUCAAGAUGCCCUGCCUCAAAAAACCAUUCUGAAAAUCAGCUCACAGCCUAGGUCUGUGGUCGUCUACAACCCCACGGAGCAGGACCGCACGUCAGUGGUGACCGUGUAUGUGAACACGCCCCACCUGCGUGUGGUCACGGACCACGGUCACCCCGUCCCCGCUCAGGUUAGCGUGGUCUGGGACGACUCCACCACAGCAUCCACAGAGGCCUUCCAGUUGUCCUUCGUAGCUCAGGUGCCAGCGCUGGGUCUUGGGCUGUACCAGUUGAGUACGGCUGCGAGCGGCGGGGCGGAGACGGCGGAGUAUGUCUUCUUCAGGCAAGGCGACAAACUAUCCGUCAACAUGAAGCACUUUACCGUCAACAUCCCCCAGGACGCCACCACCCCCCUCACCAUCCACAACCCCCACCUCCAGGUCUGGAGCUCCCCCACCACCGGCCUGAUGGAGAGACUGAAGCUGAAAGAGGACGGCUCAGAACACCAGAUCAAGGUGGAGUUUGCGUGGUACGGCACAACCAGCAACCGAGAUAAAAGCGGAGCCUACUUGUUCCUGCCCGACGGGGAAGCCAAGAUAUACACUCCCGCCCGGCCUCCAGUGAUACGGGUAACCAAAGGAUCUGUGUUCUCUGAGAUCACCACUAACUUCGAUCACGUGACGCACACUCUACGCCUGUAUAACGUUCAAGGUGUAGAGGGCCAGGCGGUGGAGAUCUGUAACUUGGUAGAUAUAAGGGGGGAGUUCAACCAUGAAAUUGCAAUGAGGUUAACAUCAGAUGUGGACAGCAACGAUCGAUUCUUCACAGACCUCAACGGAUUCCAGAUCCAGCCCAGAAGAACCAUGGCCAAGCUUCCCCUUCAAGCCAACUUCUACCCCAUGACCAGUAUGGCCUACAUCCAGGACCCCGGCACCAGACUGACCCUGCUCACUGCACAGUCUCUGGGCUCCGCCAGCCUGGAGAGUGGCCAGUUGGAGGUGAUUAUGGACCGUCGGCUGAACCAGGAUGAUAACCGCGGGCUGGGCCAGGGUGUUCUGGACAACAAAGUUACUGCCAGCUCCUUCCGCCUGCUCCUGGAGAAGAGGGCCAAGACCGAGGGGGAGAAACCCUCGUCCCUCAGCUACCCGUCUCUGCUGAGUCACGCGUUGUCGCUGUACCUGAACCACCCUCUGAUCUCCAUGGCUGUCAGCACGGAGGCACAGUCCCUGUCCUUGUCCGCCUUCAGCCCGCUGGCCUCAUCCCUGCCCUGUGAUGUCCACUUGGUCAACCUACGCACCAUCCAGUCCAAGGAGGACGGGGGUGGUCCAUCGGACGAGGCGGCUUUGAUUCUGCACAGAAAAGGCUUUGACUGCGCCUUCUCCAAUAGGAACACAGGGCUACUGUGUGCCACCACGCAGGGGAAGAUCCACACGGAGAAACUGUUUUCAGAACUGAGAUUCCAGAGCAUCAUCCCCGUGUCUCUGACUCUGAUGCAUACGACUGAGGGAAGGUGGAGCAGAGAGGAAAUCAGCCUUAAACCAAUGGAGAUCAGCACAUACCGCGUGAAGCUGACAUGAGAGCUGGCCAGAGAGGCUAGUCGGUGACUGCCACGGCACAUGCCCAACAUCCGGCCUCUGUUCCUGUGCCGAAAAACAUUGUCAGCGAGGCUAUGCAGAAGCUUAGGGACAUAGGACAUCCUUGGAACAGACAGAAGGAGGGAAAGAGGAAGAGCGAGAGAAGGAGAGAGGGAGGAGGGGAAGAAAGGAGAGAGGCAGGAGGAGAAGGAAAUGGAACUUGAUUAAGCUUCAUUCUAAAAGUGCAAUAUGAUAUUGUUUGAGUCCAGUAUCCCUAGUUAUCCUGCAGUCUCAGGUUCAGUAUGUGUUGCGAAUGUUUGUGUUGCAAUUUCACUUGAACUCACUCUAUUGAGAAGACCACAGGUCCAGAUUUCCUUUUCCACUAAUAUGUUUUGUACAAUGUGAUUAUUUUUGUUUUACCGAGGUAUGGUUUCAAUCAUAGUGAAUAUUGCUUAAUGUCCUUGGCAUGCCGAAAAAAGAUUUGAAUGCCAACUGAUUCUAAAUAUAUAUUUUUUAAAUAUGUUUAAUUGCAAGUGAGAUUAUGUUUACAUUUUUCCAAAGAGCAAAAAUGUGCCUUAUUUAUCAAUUUCAUAAUGAGCCCAAUGUACAUAUCCUUUAUAUGUUGUUCCGCUUGGAGAAAAAUGUCUGUUACAUUUACAUUUUAGUCAUUUAGCAGACGCUCUUAUCCAGAGCGACUUACAGUUAGUGAGUGCAUACAUUAUUGUUACAAUUUACGAUCGAUGCAAAAUUACUGCAGCUAAUAGUUGAUGUUAUAUAAUUGACAUGUGACAUCACAUUAAUUGAUAUAGGUCUGUUAUUGUGACCUUCAUAUACGUAUUGUAGUGAAUUGUCCCUUUUUUGUUGCUUUACACAGCUAUGCUACUCUUGGUACAGCACACCAGUCAGUCAGAUGUUUUGUUCAAUAAAUGUUCAACGGUCUAUCAAUAAUAAAGCCUUUUAAUCAGUUGCAGUUAAAGGAAAACUGCACUGCGUGUUGACUUGGAAUGUUCACACUGCGUUGAGGUGUUCCUCUCUGGGAAAAUGUCCUAAUUGGAUAUUGAUGAAAAAAACACACCUGUAGCGUUAACUUUCAAGGCCGUUUUCCCAGACAUGGAAAAAUCCUAGUCCUGCAUUAGAAAGCAGAAAAACUUUCAAUGGAAAUGUGUCAUCGAACUCUUUAGUCCAGGACUAGGCUUAAUCUGUGUCCGGGAAACCGUCCCUCAGUGUGGUUUAUUAUAAUCUGCAAUUGAUUGAAUUGGGGCCUACUGCCUAGAUAUCAAACUAUGCAACUGAUCAAACUCACCAUUGAUACCGUAUAUGCAGCAAUCCCCUCUUUUCUCAUGCUAAUGAUGUCCAUCUGAAUGAGUUGAAUCUUCUAAAUCUACAAUAGUUAGUCAUUACAUUCUUGAGACACAUUUUGUUACUAUGGCCAAAAGCGUACGACUGCUUGCUUAAGCAUAUGACACAUGCCAAAGGUCACAAACCCUGUCAUAUUUACGCAACUAUUUGUGUUUUGUUCUGUUCUUGCCUGUGAUCUUGGCUACCAGAUGCAAUGCCUUAAACUGGUAACCUGACUGAGCCAUUUUCAAAUCCACUUCAACAUGUUGCCAUGGGGGGUUUUAAUGUAUGUUUUGAACACCUUUGUGAAGUUCCAAGGAGAUGGAAAUGUUACCUUACAUUUAAUGGGGUGUUUUGAGGUGAGCGUAUCUUAUGCGUUAUACGGCAGCAUGCCUAGCUAUUGUGGUGGUCAAAUAAUUGCGCCUUCACUGUUACCGUAAGGAGUAAGAAGGAUUCUUGGGACAUUGGUUGCUAUAAUUUUCGAAUUUUUAUUUGUGUCAAUGUAAAUGAAUGUGGAAACGGUUGUUCCGUAAUGUUUGAAUGUCAAUGGGAAUGUCAAAGCUUGUUUAGUGGUUCUAUCCCAUCUGAUUAAAUUAUGAAUCAUUUUUUAUUAUCUCCUUUAUGAGAGACAAAAGUCAACUUCAAGACAGAAGCUGGUCUAGGAUGAUUAGAAAGCAAAAGCAGAUUAGAGAAACAAUAUUACUUUACUUGGUAUAGAACUGUAAUUGUUCUAUUGUCUAUCUUUGAAACUCAGCAUUAGGGUAGGGUGUUAUGCACAAAUCUCUUUCUACCAAUGUUGCUUGUUGAGAGUAAAAUGUUGUCAUUGUUUAUCUUUCUGUAAAUGUAAUAUAAUGGGAGAAUAAAAAAGAAUGAAAUCCAAAGUUAGUUUUGUCAAUUAAAUAAAGUGCAUAAAACUAUUUGCACUUGUUGUAUGCAAGACAAUAUUUCCCCCCAAAAAGGAACUCAGUCCAGCUUUCAACUUACUCUUAACAGUUGUAAUAGUAGAAUGCACAAGGUGCAAUAUCGAAAUUGGCUAGUGCAUCAUCAGUUUCCCUCUUGUCAUGUCAGUCAUUGCAUAGUCAUACGUAUGUAAACACAUCACUCCGGAUGUAUCUUUGUUCAUAAAU